AAAAAGAAAGAAGGAUGAAUUUCUCAUAAGGUCGUUAUGAAAAAAUAGUAUUGCGCGACUCGCGCCCUCACAGCCUGAAGAUCGUUGUGUUAAAGAAAGCGUUUUGUUUCAAAUUUUUGUGUUUGUGGGAGAAAUGACAUCCCUACCUGAAGUAUUGCAGGGGAAGCCUGUUAACGAUUCCCUCAAACCAAUUUUGUGGAUUGUUGGUACCUGGGAAGCCACUGCUGGGAAGGGAUCCUUUCCUACCAUCAACCCUUUCACUUACUGCGAGCGGAUUCAAUUUUCAUCGUUUGGUCAACCUUUUCUCAAUUAUUCGUCGCAUUCAUGGCAUCCAGAAAAGAAGGUUGCAAUGCACAUGGAGACUGGGUAUCUGCGAAUUAAACCAGGAACUGAUCAAGUUGCAUUCAUGGUGGCUCACAAUUUUGGUCUGACAUCGUUAGAAGAGGGAAACAUAUCUGGUAAUCAAGUUUCUCUGAAGUCAACUCAAAUUUCUCGAAUGUCAUGGGCCAAAGAGCCGGAAGUAACAAAGCUUGAGCGCACAUGGUCUCUCAAUGAUGAUGGUACUUUGGAGCAGGUUGUAUUCAUGGAGACGAAGACAUCUUCUCUUUAAUUCAUUAUCAAUAAUGGAUCAAGCAAAAUGCUUAAAAAAAUAGCAUAGACAUGGAUAAUGUCUAAACAAUGAUCCAAAUCAGGUGGACACAACUAAUAUGGGGAAAAGAGAUACAAAAAAUUAAUAUGAAUCA